AUGUCAGAUGACACCGAAAGAAUGGAAAGAACCACCCAGGGGAUGACGCAUAGAACCCAUCAACGUCGGAAACCGAAGAUCCGACAAUACAAUGAAUACACAUCAUUUGCUUUGGGGACGAAUGUCAGGAAUCGGAAGCACGAAGCUCUCGAUGUCGAAGUAAGCAUGGCACAAGCUCUCAUGCCUCAAGAUCCAAAUGGUAGACCGGCACAUUUCGCAAACAAUUUUGAGGAGGCUAUUUUUGUGUUCACUGUCAUGAUGGCCACGGCAGCGACUACAUUCCUCCAAGGAGUUAUUGUAAUCAAUACUGUGGCUAUUGGGGAAAACCUCAAUAUGACGGAUUCGCAAAUUACGUGGAUAGCUGCUGCAAUAGGGCUCGCGAGUGGCUCGUUCAUGUUGUUCUUUGGGAAGACCGCUGACCUAUUCGGUCGCAAGAUACAAUUGCUCACUGGCAUGGCGUUUCUUGGCUUCUUCUCGCUUCUCACAGCAUUCUCUCCCAGUGCUAUAGCUAUGGAUGUUCUUUGUGGAUUGUUGGGACUAGGUACAGCUGUUAUUUCGCCACCUGCGAUUGGUACACUUUUCGCCUCAUACCCGGAGGGCAAACGAAGGAACAUGGCUGCAGGCGCUUUAGGUGCCGGUAACCCUUUGGGCUUUAUAAUAGGUAGUAUCUCCUCUGGAAUUGCAACCCGGAUAUGGAGCUGGAGAGCGUCGUUCAUCGUCAUCUCGAUUUUUUUCUUCGUGAUGACAGCACUUGCUGUCUGGACUAUGCCGUCUAUUCCUCGAAUUGGAGAUCCCCGAAUGGCAGUCAAACAAUUCGAUUAUUUGGGAACGAUCCUCACGGUCGUGGGCUUUGCCAUGCUUACAGCUGGACUAACACAAGGACCAGAAAUGGGUUGGAGAUCUCCUCGCGUAAUUGCUACACUCACUCUAGGUAUCCUGUUUAUAAUAGGCUUUGCGUUUUGGGAAAAGCUUCAUGCCCAUCCUUUACUUGACCCAGCUGUAUGGGAAAACACCAACUAUACACUUUGUGUACUUUGUACAAUGUUUGGCUACAUGUCAUUCGUCACAAAUCAGUUCUGGAUUCCACUUUACAUGCAAGAAGUUCAACAUCUUCCUCCAUUGCUUAUUGCGGUUCACAUGCUUCCACAAGCUCUUGCUGGAUUUGCUUGGAGCUAUAUUGGUCAAGCGUUGGUUAGCCGGCUUCCAGGGAGAAUGAUCAUGGCUAUAGGCGGGUUUUGCUAUCUAAUUGGGGCGCUCCUUCUCGUUUUCAUACGACCAGAAACAUCAUAUUGGAAGUUUCUAUUCCCCGCAAUGGUCUUCACUGUGGUUGGAGCGGACUUUCAAUUCAUUGUUUCUAACCUCUACGUCAACAAGCAGAUGCCCGCUCAGGCCUCAUUAGCGGCAGGUGUAAUUCAGACGGCCUACCGGCUAUCAGUGUCAGUAGGUCUGGGUAUAACGUCUGCCGUAUACAACUCGGUGCAGAAAACUCCAAGGGGCAUGACCGACUCGACUUUCCCAUAUGUGCAAGUUUACUUUUGCGGUGUUGCGUUUGCUGCAGUCAGUCUUGCCUUCUUACCAUUUAUGCGCUUAGAGAUGCAAGGCGGUGAAGAGAAAGCUACAGCGCCAAUAAUGACGGAAACUCCCUUCUUUGAUCAAGAGGCACAAGAGUCUCCUCCUCGGAGUGCUGGCGAAUAUCGAGAUCGAAUUAGCGAAGAACAUUCUCGGAAUCUCGCAAGCAAACCUAGUCAGAGCAGUAUCGGAACCGCGGCAACAUGUGGUAGUGAGGUAACCUAUUUUCAAAGGUGGAGUUGGGAGAAUGAGCCAUACUGGCCGCCAAAACACGCUGAAUACACCGGACAUGACAGUGCUCAGGAUAUGGUUUAUGAGGUGUGUAUAAAGUGUUUGGAGGAAAGACGCGUCAUCCUACCGGUGAAAACAACAGACAAUGGACACAAUCACGACAGUCCUGUCAUGGACGGGCAAGACGGCUGGAUAUGA